ACCUCUGCCAGGACACAGUCUCUACAUGUCAGCAGCACGCCCCGGUCAGCUCCAGGGCAAGAGCCAGAACAGAAGCGUCUCAUUCUCGGUCCUUAUCUGCUCUGGACAGAUGACUUCACAGUGUUAGAGGCGGAUGCUGGAGCACUCAUGAGAGUCACUCUUUUGCUGUUCUGGUUUAAGGUGUUUCCAACCCUUAUUGACCUCUCACAGAGUGGGUCCACUCAAUACCUCAGUUCUCCAGAAGUGGUCAUCCCCCUAAAGGUGACCAGCAGGACCAGUGGUGCAAAGAGUUCAGAAUGGCUCUCCUACAGCCUUACAUUUGGGGGCCAAAGACAUGUUGUCCACAUGAGAGUCAAGAAGCUUCUGGUUUCUACUCACUUCUUUGUGCUCACCUACACAGAGGAGCAUGCCCUCCACAAGGGUUACCCCUUUGUCCAGAGUGACUGUUACUAUCAUGGUUAUGUACAGGGGGCCCCUGAGUCUUUAGUUGCUUUCAGUGCCUGCAACGGGGGUUUUCAGGGAGUGUUGCAAAUGAAUGGCUUCUCCUAUGAAAUCGAACCCAUCAAGCACUCUAGCACAUUUGAACACCUAGUUUAUACAUUAAAUAACAACAAGAUAAAAAUUCCGCCUGUGAUAUGCGGUUUAACAGAGAAGAGAAUACCACACCAACCCUUUAGCCUUGAAGAGGCUGAGAAGUCAGCGCCAAAGCAAAAGGAUGGAAAAUGGUGGACCUACACAUGGUCUGUGGAGCUGGCUGUAGUGGUAGACUAUGGUUUCUUCAUUUACUCUCAACGUAACUUGUCAAAGGUGCGAGAAGAUGUGGUUCUCAUUGUUAACAUGGUCGAUUCCAUGUACAGGCAGCUGGAUACGUAUGUGACUUUGAUUGGCAUUGAGAUUUGGAACCGAGGAAAUGUUUUCCCCAUGGAAAACAUACAUCAGGUCUUAGAAGAUUUUUCUCAGUGGAAACAAGUCAGUCUUUUUCAGGUACAUCAUGAUGCAGUCCAUAUUUUCAUAAGAAGCCCCCUUAUAAGUGUACUUGGGAUAGCCUAUGUUGCAGGAAUAUGUCAUCCUCCCCUUGAUUGUGGAGUUGAAAAUUUCCAAGGAGACUCCUGGUCUCUUUUUGCCAACACGGUGGCCCAUGAGUUAGGUCAUACUUUUGGUAUGCGGCAUGAUGAGGAAUCCUGUUCUUGUGGAGAAAGAGGUUGUGUCAUGAGCACUUUCAGAGUACCAGCAGAGAGAUUCACCAAUUGCAGCUAUAGUGAUUUUAUAACGACUGCUUUAAACCAAGGGACUUGUUUGUAUGAUCAUCCGCGGCCAGGGACAGUUUUUCUGGUGAAGCGCUGUGGGAAUGGUAUGGUUGAAAAUGAAGAGGAAUGUGACUGUGGAUCUAUACAUGAGUGUGAACAAGAUCCCUGCUGUUUGUUGAACUGUAAGCUGAGGCCUGGGGCUGCUUGUGCUUUUGGGCUUUGUUGCAAAGACUGCAAAUUCGUGCCAUCAGGGCAACUCUGUAGAGCAAAGAUCAAUGAAUGUGACCUUCCAGAAUGGUGCAAUGGAACAUCCCAUGAGUGCCCAGAAGAUGAGUAUGUACAGGAUGGGGCCCCCUGUGGUGUUGGUGCCUACUGCUAUCAAAAGCAGUGUAAUGACCAUGACCAACAAUGCAGGGAACUUUUUGGCAAAGGUGCAAGAAGUGCGUCUCAUCAUUGUUACAAAGAAAUCAACUCACAGGGAAACAGGUUUGGCCACUGUGGCACAAAUGGCACAGUAUACCUAAAAUGUAGGCUGUCAGAUGUAUUUUGUGGCAAAGUCCAGUGUGAAAAUGUGGAAGACAUUCACCAUCCCCAGGCUCGUUCUGUUUUGCAGAACAUUUAUGCCAGUGGUGUCACCUGCUGGAGUACUGACCAUUGUUUGCAGAUGGGUGCACCUAAUGUUGGUGAAGUGAAAGAUGGCACCAUGUGUGGAGCAGGAAAGAUCUGCAUACACAAGAAGUGUGUCAGUCUGUCUGUCCUUUCAAAUGCCUGCCUGCCUGAGACCUGUAAUAGGAAGGGGAUCUGUAAUAACAAACAUCACUGCCAUUGUGACUAUGGGUGGGCCAUGCCUUUCUGCCUUCACAGAGACUAUGGAGGUAGUGUUGACAGUGGUCCAACAUCUCCGAAAGGAAGAGUCAAUAUUGUCUUGUCAAUAAUGGUGACUGUUUUGUCUGUUCUAACUUGUCUGUUAGUAGCUGGAUUUUAUACACUAUUAUCAUUGAAUACCUUCUGGUCCCAAAGUGCUGAAGGCUCAGAAGACAUAUAACUUAAUAUCCCAUGAAUUUGGUAUGACAAAAAUAUUAUUGUAUGUAUGAAUCUGAGUAGAUUCAUCUGUAUCAGAGAUAUUCC